AUGUCAGACGGGACGGAGAGCGGUGCGGGUCUUGCUUGGCGAUUGCUGGCAACAUUAGAAGGAGGUUCGCUUUUCCUCGCCACUUCAGCAUUAAUAGCCUACACCGCUAGAGCCAGGGUUAAGAAGCAUAAACGACACCGAAAUGUCAACAGUGUUCUUGUAACAAAUACAAGGAAUGCCCUAGGAAGCGAAGUGAAACGCAGACUUGAAGCAUGCGGUUGUGUGGUGCACAACUGCGAGUCUAGCGACGCGACAAGCGUUCCAGCCAAAGUGGACGCGUUGCUUGUCAUCGGGGCGGAAACUCGGCCCGGUCUAGAUGGAAUUUCCGAGCUUGUUUCAGCUGAUAUUUACGACAACUUAAAGUUACUAGAAACUCUAUCGUUGGUAGUGCAACGCGGCGGUUGCAUCGCAUGGGCAUCAGCAGGUGCCACAGACGACGCCUUCAGUGAGGCUACACACGCUUUCGACGCAGUCAUUCGAGCGAGUUUAAAAUACGUGGCUAAGAAAGCUCGAUGUGAAGCCAUCUGGAUAGACAGAGACGACAGUGUGGAACGGGUAGCGGAUAAUGUAAUCGCUACGCUUGUACCUUGCGACACCAGGCAGCAGAGAGUACAAACCUAUCAAGUUAGAAAUAUUGCAGUACAAAUAAGCAAAUUUUUCGGUAGAUGGCUGAAAAUAAUCACAUAA